GUGUAGCCUUUUGAUCUUUGGUAGCGCAAAAUUUUACAAUGGAAGCUCAAGGCAAAACAAAUGGGGAGAGGCCUUCCAUGGGGAAAUCAAGGAAAGGUUGCAUGAGAGGGAAAGGGGGUCCUGAAAAUGCUAUGUGUAGAUAUAGGGGAGUGAGGCAAAGGACUUGGGGCAAAUGGGUGGCUGAGAUCCGUGAACCAAAUCGAGGCAGUAGGCUUUGGCUUGGAACUUUCAAUACAUCUUUUGAAGCUGCACUGGCUUAUGAUGCAGCAGCUAGGAAAUUGUAUGGUUCAUCAGCUAAACUCAACCUUCCCCAACCUCAUGAUGAUCAUCAAACCCCUUGUUUUACCUCUUUGCCUGGAAAUUUUGUUGCUUCAUGCAAAGAAACUGGACUAACAAUGAGACAGCCUCUGGGGAAUGGUCUUUGUGUUGUGGAGUCACCACCAGGUUCUAGUGUGAGUUCUUCUCAAAGUAGUGAAGAGAGGAUGGUGAGAAGAGAAAUAAAUACCAAUGAGUUUAAGGGGUCAAGUCUAGGUGAUGAUGGGGAGGAAGUAUUUAAUUGGCCUGAGUUUUCAUUAGAGAAUGAUUUCUUGGAAAUGAGCGAUAUUGAUGUUUUGAUGGGUCAAGAGUUUAGGGAUAAUUGGAAUGGAAAUGAAAUUGCUGGAAUCCAGAACCAAUGGUUCUUUUAAGCUUUUUUAGGUGUAAAACUUUUCAAGCUUCCUUGCACAUUUUGAGGGCUUGAGAGAUCCAUAGGAUGGUGAAGUAAUGCAUAGUUUCAAGGUUCGUUUGCUUUGAGACUGAGGAGGGAUGUCCUGCCUUGCUGGUGCGUCUAGUCCUUUGGUUUUUUAGGAGAUUCAGACCUGUGUUAUGAUGCUGUUCUGGUUUGUGCUAUGCUGUCUCGAUAGCAAACCUGGCUAUUUGGGUGUUUGAGGUCUUAUCCUCUUUUUUUAUUAUUAUUAAUAAUAAAAUUAUUUCCCUGA